UUAUAUGCUAGUAUGUGGUGUUCCAAUUUCAACGAGAUAAAUGCGAUUGAUAGAGCAUCAUUUCGUGCAGAACGUGCAGUUAAAUGAUAAUUCUUGCUUUUCAUCCUUAUUUAGGAGCCCAUGUUGGGGGUCCACUGCAAGCGAAUAAAGAGCGAAUAUCCGAUUGUAAGAUACAAAGGAACAAUUAUAAUUUGUUAUGCGUCUUUACCGCGCAAAUACGUAUAAACACAUUAACGUAAUUAUCGUGGAGGUUCAUUUUCAUGUAUAGACUUUCCAGAGAUAAAGAUAUCGCAUUCAACAACUAGUAUGGAUACGAAGUUUGAUAUGGUAUCAGCCAAUGGCAUUUGGCAAAGGCAAUUUCUCACUGAGGUGGAUAUCUGAGCCCUCAAAUGUAAUUAUCAAGAUUUGUAUUUACUAUAUUGGAUGAAGUGUUUUAUGUAACAUUUCACCAAUAAAUGUCAUGUCUGCUAUAAAGCAAUAACCAAUUGAAGGAGUUGAAUAUUCAUGUAAUAAUUACUUAACAUAUUCCACAAAAGUAUAUAAAUAUUUUGUAGUUAUCACAAUUCCUCACCCCUCCCCCUACCUCCGGAAAAUGGAAGACGGCAAUGUUCACAUUGAUAGAAUUUAAUUUCAGCCGACAAAACUCUGUGGAUAGAAUUUCAGGAAAUCUCAAUUUUAGGUGGUAAUGGAGUCUUUCGCCAUCUUGGAUUGUAAAAUGGAAGAACAUAUUAAUAGGUUUAGAUAUGCAAUUAACUCAGCAAAGCCGACACAGGAAUGCACUUUACUAGUUAAAAUUUACAUUUGAAUAAACAUAUGUGUGUAAUGUUAUCUUAUAAUAGCCUAUAUAUUUUUAAAAGUGGUAUAUUUUUGUUUGAUUUCAAAUUGAUUUAAACUUAGCGUAUAAGGGGAGGUAAUUCAGAAUUGUAUAAUUUAUAAUGGAAACCACAUAGCAAAUAUUUCUAUUUCAUGUUAUAGUAGGAAGAAAAAGACAGUGUCCCCAUUUUUGCUUUUGAUACUCUGAAAGCAUUUAAUAAGAGCUAUCUUGUCAUAUUUUGUUUAAGAGUUCUAUCAUUUCUUUGUAUAAUUCAUACAAAAUGUGUUAUUUUUUCACCACUUGUAGCUUGAAAAGAAACUCAGUGAACUAUUAUUUUUAUUAAAAUUUUUACACAUCACACUAUAUGCUUCAUUUUGGGAAAGUAAGAAUUUUGUAAAGUAUCAUUUUUUCGUUUAUACUCCAAUACUACAUAAAUUGAGGUGAAAAAAACGUUGUAUGGUCGCUUUUUACGUACAAUAUCCGUUAUUAUAGACCUAUCAAAUUUUAAUUGAUUUUAACUGGAAGUAUAAUGCAACAUGAAUGAUUUUUGAUAUUCAUUUUCAGUUUUUAUUUCAUAAAAAUCCGAAAUACCGCCGAUUUACUUGUGUACUUCUAAAUUUUAUUUCAUGUUUGCGGUCAUCUGCAUUAUCACCCCAGUUCGUCAUCAUAGACGUUCCAGCAACCAUGACGAACAACAGCAAUACAUUUUCCUUUGAUAAUUUUAUAUGGUUUCAUGAAAUUGUUGAAUUAUAAUAUAUAUAUAAAUAUAGUCCUUGCCUAUUUUAAAAAACUCAAUAUACUAUCACCAAUGUUUCUAUUUAUAUACAUUUGAUAACUUAUUCAGACAUAAGUUCUGGAAUUUUUUUUGCAUUCUAUCAAACUCAUAGUUUACUAUAUUUAGUUUAAUAAAUUAGCUACAGGUAUAUUUCUAAUUCAGUUAAAAUUUCAAAAAAUAUUAAAGAAUGGAGCAACUCAAAAAGGUAUUUUACUUCCUUGAAUGGUAACCAUUUUUAGAAAAGAGAUAUGUAUCGAAUGUCACAUAGCAACGUCAAAUACAUAAUUACCAACACAUUUCUUAUCAAUGCAUUUACAACUCACUAGAAUAUGUCGACAGAAUUUGUGAUAGAAGUUAACAACUUAAAAAGGGAAAAUGAUACCAUUCUAAAACAAGCAAUUCAGGAUGUAUUAAAGAAAUUAAAUGUAAACAUAUCAGUGGAUAACUUGGAAAUAGAAGAAUGUGGUGAAACAAAAUCCGCAAUAAUAUAUUUACAAUCAAUCGAUGAAGUACGGGAAAUCAACGACAGUAUAAAUAAUACUGGAUUCAAAUUCACACAAAUAGCGACACCUUACAAAAAGAUAUCUGCUAAAAGGAUACAAAGUAAAAGACCUUCAACUGUAUAUGUAUAUGAAGAAUAUCUUGGCGACGAAACGAGACAUAGAGAAUUUAAAGAAGGCGGUGGUAAUAUUGAAGAAAACUUUUUGAGAACGGGACAGAAAAGGUGUCUUGCAAAUUAUGCUUGCGGCAUUGUGAACAACAGAGAAAAGGGAACGGUAUAUGUUGGUGUUAACGAUAAAGGACGAGUUGUAGGCCUGCGUUGCAAUCAUGAGAAAAGGGAUCGUAUAAGAAGACGAAUUGCGCAGAUAAUGAAGUGUGAUUUAAAUCCUCCUCUCAGUACAAUUCAUUACAGUGUAAAGUUUGUACCAGUGCACAGAACAGAUGGAUAUGAAUCAGGUGAUAUUUUUGUAUUAGAGAUCACAUUUUACACCGUGGAUAAAUUUAAUCAACUGUACACAGUAAACGGGGACGUGUAUCAAAAAAGUGAUGCCUGCCUAUUUGGACCACUCAGACCAGCAGAAAUACUAGAAUGGGAAGCCCAGAUUAGACAUAAACAAAUAAAAGAAGCAAGAAAUAUUGAACUUCAAGAAAAAAUUGAAAAAUAUGAAAUUGAUAAAGUUGAAAAGGAACGAGUAAUCGGUAUGUUCAAGCAAUUGAACGAAGAAGAAAAACAAUUAAGAGAACAGAAAGAAUUGUCAUUCAAACGAAAAAAAGAAGAGUUUGACAAAGAAGUUUCUAAACUUAAAGAGAUACUUGAGGAAAAAGAAAGAUCAUUCAGACGUAAAAAUGACCAAUUGAUGGCUGAAUCAGAGGAAAAGGAAAAGGAAUUAAAAGAUAUAUACAACCAAAUGAGCGAAGAAGAAAAAAGGAUAAGGAAGAGGGAACUGUCAUUCAAACACAAAAAAGAAGAAUUUGACAUAGAAGUUUCUAGAUUAAAACAGAUACAAGAAGAUAAAGAAAGAUCAUUCAAACGUAAAAAUGACCAACUAAUUGCUGAAAGAGAGAAGGAAAGGAAAUUAAAAGAUAUAUACAACCAAAUGAGGGAAGAAGAAAAAAUACUUGGAGAAGAGAAGGAAAUGUCAUUUAAACGAAAAAAAGAAGAGUUUGAGAUAGAAGUAUCUAGAUUAAAACAGAUUCAUGAGGAAAAUGAAAAAUCCUUCAGACGUAACACUGACCAACUGAUUGCUGAAAGAGAGGAGAAGGAAAGGAAGUUACAAGAUGAGUACAACAAAAUAAAUGAAGAGGAAAUAAUACUUAGAGAAGAGAUGGAACUGUCGUUCAAAAAAAAAAAAGAAUUGUUUGACGAAGAAGUUUCUAGAUUAAAACAGAUACACGAGGCUAAAGAAAGAUCAUUCAGACGUAACACUGACCAACUGAUUGCUGAAAGAGAAGAGACAGGAAAGAAAAUUGUUGACGAGAAACGUUUAAGAGAAGAAAAAGAAAAAGAAAAUUAUUUAUUGCAACGUGAGAAAUCAGCACUUGUAAAAGAAAAUAAGACGUUAAUACAAAAAUCCAAAGUAUGUGUAAUUAUGUGAUAGACGGAUCAAUGUUCUUGAUGGUACUUUAUAUGAUAAUAUGACAACCUUAAUAGAAUACAACUCGAGGGAAAAUUGAGAAUAAGAGUUUAUCCCUACUGACCGUAGAACAGGUAGCAGGAGAGAGUCUUUUCAACUAUUCUGAAUGCUUUGAUAUCCACGUACGUCCUGUGAACAUGACUGCAAAUGCACACACGAGAAACCGUAUAAUAAUUCGAGGAUUAGGUAGGUAACCUGUUUUAAAACUCCUACCCAAUACACCUUAGUUUCAAACAAUAACCAAGAUGGUCGUCUUAUUCUAAAAGUAAACUCACAUUUCAGAUCUUAUCGAUGUUGCCGUUGGUUUAUUGUUCUUGAACUGAAAAUGCAAGGAAAAUUUGCCACUAGACGGAAUAAGCAAUUUAGAACCAAUCGUUAGACGUACCAUAGGUUGAAUGCAAAGGAAAUGCUGGUAUGAUAAGAUCAUUUUUUAACCCCGUGAAUUAGAAAAUCAAAAAUUCUUAUAAAUAUAUAAGAUAACAUUUUUCAGAUGUUUACUAGACCUCGGUCUGUCAGAUAUCAAUUAUUUUUUUCAUAUAUGAAUGAAUGAAUGAAUGAAUGAAUGAAUGAAUGAAUAUUUUUUUCUCAUAAAACAAAUGUUACAUAGAACAUAUACAUAUCAACAAUAUACAAAUUUGUAGUGCAUGUGUGAAUUACAUAUAUAAUAAACAUUUAACGGUUCUAACCAGCUGGAGGAAGACCUUCUCUUAGACGUUCUUAAUAAAUUUACAGUUUUUCUAAUAUGAAUACAUUGUUUGAAGAACAUAGAUGUUUAAACUUAUACAUGAUAACAUUUUCAUGACAAAAAGGGGGAAGCAGUUUUUUUCUACCAUUAUUUAAGUAGCUACAUGACAUAAUAUAGUGGUAUUCGUCACCGAUUUCCAUCGAGUCAUAGAGAGGACACACUCUUUCGCUUCUUGGCAAAUUGCGUCAUCUCGCGGACUCGAAUGGCAAUCGGUGACUACCACAUCUAAAUUUACAAAGGAUGUACAUAUAAUAUGGUUAAUAGAAAUAAAAUAUCAGUUUGCUUCUGCCAAAUAUUUUACAUACCACAAUCAUCUAAAAUAUAAAUGUUAACCAUUUAAAUUCAUAACCCUAAUCUGUGAAGUAAACAUUUAACAAUUUAUACAAUAAUGAGGAAAAUUUUGUUUCAUUUCCUCUAACCAGUCUACACCGAAAUUUUAUCAUACGUAUAUUUAUUUGUAGUGAUAUAGUAAAUUUUCCUAGCUCACCAUACACAAUAUAGUUGGGUGUUGAUUGCUUCAAAUGCAAUAUGAUUUUACAAAAUCGCAACUGUAUUCUUUCAAGAACAUCUAAAUUUUCAAAAACCCAAAUUUCUGAUCCAUAUAAUAUAACAUGUUCUACUAAUUUUUGAAACAAAUCAAUUUGACAUUCAAAAUAAAAGUUAUUUCUUCUACAUUUCUUCAAUAAUCCAUAAAUAAAAGAGGGACGAAAGAUACCAGAGGGACAGUCAAACUCAUAGAUCGAAAACAAACUUACAACGCCAUGGCCAAAAAUAAAAAAAACAAACAGACAAAUAAUAGUACAGAUGACACAACAAAGAAAACUAAAGACUAAGCAACACGAACCCCACCAAAAACUGGGGGUGAUAUCAGGUGCUCCGGAAGGGUAAGCAGAUCCUGCUCCACAUGUGGCACCCGUCGUGUUGCUUAUGUUAUUACAAAUCCGGUAAAUAGUCUAAUUCGGUAGGUCACAUUCGUGAAAAGGGAAGGGUAUUGUAGUUACAACAUAAGGAACAUAUCCGAUAUCAUCUGUGAAACGGUUAUUCCAUAACGGUCAACCAACUCGUGAUGGCGUCCGUAAAAUUUACGAAGGGAUUAUUUCAACUUCACCAUUUGGAACUCUUGGCUUAAUAGCUUCCUUGUGAGCAGCAAUCCUCUAUCAAGGAAAUCAUUAGUUGCAUGCUCUUUGAGAUACGUUGUGGACAGGAAUGAUCUACUUUUACAAAAGAAUAUACCAAGAUAUUUAUAAUCUAUAACUAUUUCUAGUUCUCUAUUAUUCAAAUAAAAUUAAGUAUUUUUUGACAUCCUGCCUUUUGAAAAAAUCUAAACUUUAGUUUUUUCCACAUUUACUAUAAGUUUCCACAUUAAACAUUAUUGUGAAAAAUAAUCAAGCAUAAUUUGUAAAUCUUCAACAGAUUCUGCUAAUAAAAUGGUCUCAUCUGGAUGUAGAGGCAAAAAUAUAUUUAAAAAUACUGUAAGUUCAUUUUCAGUAUCUUUGCUGAUAGAAUCUACACCUUUAAUACCUCGUGUUUCUAGAUAUGAUUGCAAAUCAUUUAGAUGCAGUGAAAAUAGUACAGGCAGUAAAUUUUCUCUCUGUCUUACUCCAAUUUCAGAGAAAAAGAUUUCUGAAAUGUCAUUGUUAUGUUUAAUACAAGAUUUUACAUGUUCAUACAUAUUUUGUAUAAUUCUUAAAAAAAUGACAGUAAUAUUUGUUUGAACAACUUUUAAAAAUAAUGAAUGCUAGUGAACAAAGUCAUAUGCUUUUUCGAAAUCGACAAAAGCACAAUAUUACUUUUUCUUUCUGAGAAAGAGUAUUUCAAAUAAUGCAUACAAUGCAAAUAUGUGAUCAUUUGUUGAGUAACCAUGUCGAAAACUAGCUUGCUUUUCAUGCAAUAACUUAUAUUCUUCAAUAAAAACAUUUAUUCUAUCAUUCAAAAUGGAUGUAAAAACUUUUCCUAAACAAGAUAAAAAUGUAAUAGAAAAAUAUGAAGAUGUGAUUGAUUGCCACUGAGACAACUCUCCACAAGAGACCAAAUGACACAGAAAUUAACAACUAUAGGUCAUCGUUUGGCCUUCAACAAUGAGCAAAACCCAUACCGCAUAGUCAGCUAUAAAAGGCCCCCAUAUGACAAAUGUAAAACAAUUCAAACGAGAAAAACUAACGGCCUAAUUUAUGUACAAAAUAAUGAACGAAAGACAUAUCAAAUGAUACACAACAACAAACGACAAACACUAAAUUACAGGCUCCUGUCUUGGGACAGGCACAUACAGAAUGUGACGGGGUUAAACAUGUUAGCGGACGCCAAACCCUCCCUUAACAUUGGACAGUGGUGUAACAGUACAACAUAUGAACAAACUAUAAAAAUCUGUUGAAAAGGGCUUAACUCAUCAGAUCGAUACCAAGCAAAAACAAGUAACAAAAACACAGAGUGGACGUUGCAGGUUGCACUUUGUAAAUACAGCUGUUUCUCAAACCACGCCUCUUUUGGGGAGAUAUAUAAUAUUCAUAGAUAACUUGAGAUUUGUUUACGUACUGGUUCCCGGAUAUGAUAACUUGGGACUGUUACCAGUAUAAAAACAUAUUGUUGCGGUGAAAAUUGAAUUCUGAAAUAGGCACAAAGUGGAGGUAGGAAUAGUACAGAAUUUUAGUGUAAGUUUAAACUCUAACAAGUUCAGGGCAUAUAAAUGUUGAAAAUAUGCCGCACAGCCCUAUGUUUUGACCUUUGAAUAAAAUAGUAUCCAAAUCAGCUUUCCAUUCUAGGAUAUAUUUUUUUACGAAACUUCAUAGUAAAUUUGGCACAGUUUUAGCCGCAAAGGGAGUUCCUAUGGGAAAUUGCACUGUCUAUAUUUACAGAAAUGCAACCUGCAGGGUACUUAUACAUCCCCACAACAAAAAGACAUUAAGUACAGAUCUGAGAGUACUCGCAGUUACUGACAGCUAGUUCAAAGCCAAUAAAAACUAAUAAAACAAAUCAUCCAUCUAAGACUAAAAUAUCAAUCAGUACACAUCCAACAUCCAAUGGAUUUAGUGUAAAGACGUCAUUAACAGUCAGAGAAAAACAUGACCUUGUGCAAUGCCAAGAUACAAUUAUCGACAGAUUGUAGAGCCAUGAAUAUGCAUAUGUAUAUAGAAAUAAUAUUUAGUUUGAUUU